AUAAACAGUCGGGGAUUGAUGUGAAUCUCUCGCCACAGUAUCAUCCGCCGGCAAACAAAAAGGUUCCUUUGGGCAGACUGACAAAUACUCUCAGGAGAGCUCACGACGUUGUAUCUGGGCCACGGCGUUGAUCAGCAUAAUCAUAUGUACAGUGGUUGCAGGGCGAAGUCCAACAGCAUUAAGCAGCAUCCUACCCUGUGCUGUGUUGAAUCAGACUGAGGCAACGCUUUGUACGUGUACGUGUUGUGGUGUCUCAGAUUUCCCUAGUGCUCUCUGCAUCUUGCACAGCAGAAUGUUAAGUUGUGGAAAUUAAGUUCGAAGACACCAAGAAUGAGUGUGACAUCUUGGUUUCUGGUGAGCAGUUGUGGCUCUCGCCACCGACUCCCAAAAGAGAUGAUUUUUGUUGGACGUGAAGACUGUGAACUAAUGCUUCAGUCUCGCAGUGUAGACAAGCAGCACGCAGUAAUCAACUAUGACACAGCUACAGAUGAGCACCGGGUAAAGGAUCUUGGAAGUCUGAAUGGGACAUUUGUGAAUGAUGUGAGGAUUCCUGACCAGAUGUACAUAACUCUAAAAGUGAAAGACAGUAUUCGUUUUGGAUAUGAUCCUAAUAUGUAUAUAUUGGAAAAAAGUGUACAUACAGUUCCUGAAGAGGCCCUAAAACAUGAAAAAUACACCAGUCAGUUUCAAAUAUGUAUGAAAGCUGCAGAAGACAAGAAGAUUGAGCAGCCUGACCUGGGCCUCGAUCAGCCAAGUACAAAAUUAGAGUCCCACAGACAAAAUUUUGAAAAAGUUGAAAAGAAAGGACCUACAGACAGUGCCACACUUAGACCCACGCCUCUAUAUGGCCAGCCAUCAUGGUGGGGCGAUGAUGACAUGGAUAACAAAGGAGAAAGAGAUGAACCCAAGAAAGCAGAAGAUCCCAGCAAUGAUAAUUCCAAGGAUGUGCCAAGAAGUGACCAGGAAAUCAAUGGGAACAUUUCAGAUUAUAAAGAUUUUGGAGAAAAAUCUGUUUAUUCGUUUCGAAGAGAGCCCAGCUAUUUUGAAAUUCCAACGAAAGAAUUUCAACAGCCAUCCAAGCCCCCGGACUGCGAGGUUCACGAAAUUCCAACAAAGGAUACAGAUACAAUCCAGUCCCCACGAGUUCAGAGUCAUGCUUCUUUCACGAUUGAAUUUGAUGACUGUAGCCCAGGCAAAAUGAAAAUAAAGGACCAUGUGACCAAAUUUCCAUCGAGACAAAGAAAGGCACAACAAGUAGAGAGACUACCUGUGCAAGGGGAUGCACUGUCAGCAGAGAAUAAAGUAGUUGACUGGCUGGUUCAGAAUGAUCCGAGCCUCCUAUUGAAAAGGCAGACUCAAAGGGAUGAAUAUAGCACCAAGAGUGAUCACCAGAUUCACAUAAAGACUUUGAAAGGUUGUAGACAUGAAGAUGGCACACAGAGUGAUUCAGAAGAUCAAGUUGCAUCUAAGCAGCAGAAAGAAAACGGUUCUGCUCUGGAAUCACAACUGGAGCAAUUCCAAAGUUACAAUAAUGAAACCUCCAAACUCUGUCAGGUCCAGCACGAGGGCCAAGAUAUGCCCAUUGGUCAACAAGCUUUUGUUAUUGAAUUCUUUGAUGAUAAUCCUCGCAAACGUAGAGCACACUCUUUCACUCAAAAUGCAAAUGCUAUGCAAACUGACUCUUAUGUUGCCCUUCGAGCUAAACUAGAAAAACGCAAAGGCACUUCUGCAUGUGAGAAAGGGUCAGUACAACAGGUCCAAUCUCUGGUCCAAUCAAACAAGACUAUAACUAGUUCAUCAGCUCCCCAGAGGUCUAACUCACUAAAGAGAGAAAAGACAGAAGAGCGAUUAAGUACCUCUGCUACUUCGAGCUCCAAAGGUUUACUUCGAAGUUUUGGGAGUGUAGGCCGAAAGAGUAAGCUCAGCCAAGAGUUUGCUGCUGAACUGUUGAAAGAAACUACAAAAAGUUUUACUGUUGUGGACAAAUCUCCAGAGUCUCUCCCAGUGACAGUUGCACAAGUGACGGUAGCACCCUCUAUACUGGCAACAGCACUACCACAAGUAUCAUCUCCAACAACUUCAACAAAACCAGCCUCCAAACAAGGUGAUCAAGAUAGCCUGAGUGAUACAGGUACAUAUACCAUUGAAACAGAUGCACAGGACAAAGAGGUUGAAGAAGCUCGUAAAAUGAUAGACCAGGUAUUUGGUGUUUUUGAAUCAUCGGACUUUUCUCGGAUUAACACUGAAAUUUAUAGACCUGUGAUAAAUGAUGAAAGCUAUCCUGCAGUGAAGAAUGAACAUAUUGUGUGCAACCAGAAUGCUAGCACUUACCAGCAAGCUGCUUCAUUACAGGCAUAUCAUACAACCAUUAGUGGCUCAGAUACAGUGGCACAGAUGCGUCCAGGCGGUCCGAUCUCCCAGGGGAGUCAAAAAUGGGUCUCGAGAUGGGCAAGUCUUGCUGAUGGCUAUAAUGGUGCUGGGCCCAUUAGUACGCUGCGUGACCUUCAACAGGGGACUGGAGCCGUGGUUGAUCUUGGGAAUUAUGUUAAGAAUAUGGAAACUCUGGAUUCAGAUGCAGCAUCAACAACGAGCCAGUCUUCCCGAAAACGGCGAACACUUCCACAGUUGCCAGGAAGUGAAAAGCUCGAUAGCCCAAGAUCGAAAGAUUUCCUUCAGCAACGCGCUUUUCCCAGCAGUGAAUCAAUAAAGAAGUUGGACCUGGAAUUGCAUUCUUUUCCACAGAAUCAUGAAAAGUUGCAUAUACAUGAAGACAAAGACUUGGAGCCUGACAGUUUGAGUGAUGACAAAUCUGAUGAUUCUUCACAUGUUCAAAAGGGGAAGGGUAGAAAAUGUAGAAUUUCAAAGGUCACUAGAAAGUUACACCAAGGGCAGACAUGGAAUGAUCAUGGCAGAUCUGAGGCUCGGCAAUGGGUAACAGAAACAAAUGCGCAAAAUGCAGCCAAAGAGUUACCAGCUCUGCACAGUACAGUAUGUGGUGCGGAAUGUGAUCUAAAAGCAGCUUCCUAUGGCACCGUAAAAGAUUUGGAAAGCUCUUCAGCACAAUUGAGAGCUAAAGAAAUGCCAGCAAAGUUUGAGCGAAAGCCAAAGGACCAUGAGUUUGGAUCAAAAUCAACAAUUAUUACAUCAUCUGCAAGAUGGUCAUCUGUCCCUGAUGCAGUCCAGCCUGCUGUGGGAAAUAAAGAUGUAAUCCACUCCAUAAGUAAAGUGAGUCAAAUAACUCAUAGAAGCCCCUCCCAAGAAAGAAAGAAAACAUUUACAAAAGAAUCUCGAGCACCUGUUAUCAGACAAGAGAGUUUUACUAAAGACAGGCCAAGUAUUGAAAACAUGAUCAAUAAAAUUCCUAAUAUUUCAAGCCAGCUACCCUUCAAAGACCACGCACCAGGUUCCUACAAUAUAGAUUACACUGAGGAAACGCACCUCAUUCUGAAAGACACUGAAGCUGCAGUGGCAGCCUUGGAAGCAAAACUCCAGUCUCAAGAUCACCAUUUUGGCCAACAAGAAAGUCAUUCCUACGCCCAAGGAGAAUCGCCCUCUGGAGAAUCAGACAAUGACACCACAAGCUCUGUGAGCUUGAAAAGUAAAAGUGUCACAAGUUCUGCACAGCGACAGAGCAGUGUACAAAAAGGGAAAACGGCUCCAUCAGUACAAGAUCACUCUCAGCCAGCCAACGCUCGGGAAAGGCUGACAGAGAAGCGUAGAGCCCAGCUGUCAGAUGUGUCCAGCAAACCAGAUUACAACAGGCGCUUUCAUCUGAAGCGCAGCACAGGUUCUCGCGGCUCCACAGACUUUACAGAUGAUGAAAGAUCCUCUAGCCUUCCAUAUUUACCAAUUGCUGAUAUAGGCUCUUCUGAUCAGGAGCAAUCUCAGACCAGCAAAUCUCUGCUACGGAAAAAGUUUUCUAGUUCGGUGCGCACAAAAGAGGACUUGAGCAAAACCGCAAAAUCUUCAGUUCAAACAACGUUGACCCGUUCCAACAGUCUGUCCACACCCAGGCCCACCAGAGCUUCGUUACUGCGGAGGGCUCGCCUGGGAGAUGCGUCAGAUAAUGAAAGUGCUGAUGUGGACAAAGCCUCGUUAGCUUCAGAAAUAUCCACCACAAGCUCAACUUCCUCCAAGCAGCCAGCAGAUAAGAAGUUGUCACGGCUCGACCAGCUGGCUUUGCCGCGGAAACGAGCAGGGUCUCUCACCGUAAACAGUGACACAGAAACCUCCAUGACAAGAAGCAGUUUCAGUGCCCGAAGUAUUGAUGUGACAAGCACCAGUCGAAAGCCAGCUAGCAUUGACGCAAAAGCCACAUCAAAGAAAAGUGCAGGAGGUUCGGUGAAGCAGACGCCACGAGUCCGUGCUAGUGUUGCAAAAUCGUCUUCUAACUCAAGAUGGAGACAACAAACUUCAGAUUACACUUCUACUUCAGAGGAAGAGUAUAAUUCAAACCACACCUCUCCUAAACACAACCGCUUACAUGCUUCAACAGCCACACCCAGCGGUAGAGGCCAGUCUUUGAGUUCAGGAAGAACAAGGCAAAAUGUGGAUGAUGAUGAAGAUCCAUAUGAAAACUGGACGACGCACAGUGCUGAAAUUGCAAGACUCAGCCAAGAUUUAGCCAAAGAUUUGGCGAUCCUUGCGAGGGAGAUUCAUGAUGUAGCAGGAGACGGGGACUCUUUCAGUUCGUUACCACCAUCUACUCUUGGCUCCACAAUUUCAGCCAGGGAAGAGAUUCCAAAAUCAUCAUUACGGACAUCCCUUAACUCUCAGUUGGUGCAGCACAUUCCUGAAGCAAGUCUGAACUUUCAGAAGGUUCCCCCAGAUUCUUCAGGAAUUAAGAAAGAUUUGGAUCAAAAUAUGAAUGAUAGCAAAGAUCCAGAUUCAAAAAGAAGAAGCUGGAACAGAGAAGAGGUCAUAGUAGAUAACCUGAUGUGGAACUCAGUAUCCCAGCUGUCACAGUUCAUACGAGAAAAUAUGGAGCAAACUGCUUCAAAAAUAAAAAUUCUGUUCCAAAACAAGGAUAGAAAUUGGGAAGAUAUUGAGGCCAAAAUAAAUUCUGAAAAUGAAGUGCCAAUUCUCAAAACAUCAAAUAAGGAAAUAUCCUCAAUUUUUAAGGACUUGAGAAGAGUUCAAAAGCAAUUAGAUGCAAUCAAUACGAUCAUUGAUCCUGAUGGCUCUCUGGAUGCCUUGAUGGGUAAUCAGAUCUCGCCAAGUUCAACUUCUUCAACUUCUUCAAUGAAUAUGAAAGAAAGGACUGCUAAUACUGUGGUCUCUUCAAAAGAUUUGCCAAAAUCACCAGCACAGAUACCGAAGGAAUGUGCCCAGCAAGAUUCUAAACCAUGCCAGUUGUCUUCAGAUGCAGACAGCAUUGACUCUGAGUCAGAGUGUAAUACUCAAUAUACCACGAUUGAGCCAAAAAUGGAAGAUACAGUCACUAUGCUUUGAAAGAGCUAUUUAUUUUGGCCAUUAUUUGACCAACGUGCAUUGUUGUUGCUAUGUGAGAGUGUGGUUGUGAAAAAUGUGUAUAAAAUAAUGCUGUGUGCGACUGAUCUAUUGCACAAAAAAGCUUAUUCAAAAAAUAGAAGUUGGCAAAAAAACUUAUUUUAGUUAAGCUAUAACAUUUUAGUCACAUCCAUUCAGCAUAGAAGCAAAUGAAAAUAUGAUUAAACUGAGAACAUUUCAGUUUUAGGCCAAACUGUACCAUUUGAAUACUAUAUAACAUUAUCAUGCACUGAAGAGUAUACUAGUUGCACAGGUUGUACAGUUGUUGCAUGCCAGGAUUCAGCACAAACCUAAUUGAACAAUGGCUGCAUAUUUAGUAAGUUGUUGCUUUUUUAUAUCAAUGUUAGAACAGGGACAGCCUAAUACUUAACUCAUGUUGGUGGGUUAAAUAUUGAUUAAAUAUUCUGGAAUGGAGAAAUUUUCCUCUUACCAAAACUUUAUGUAGUUUCUUAAAUAUUUAUGGAAUAGGUGAUUAAAUGUAUUCAGGUCAAGUAUGUUGUAUUAUUUUGUCACAUAGUACUAUGCAUGCUUAAGGUUUUUGUAACCCUUUAUGAUGGUGAACAGGUUUUUAUUUUGAGAAAUGAAGUCCAUCCACAUCCCUUCAAUGGCAUAACAAUUCUAAACCUUUAAAGCAAUUUUCCACUGUAAGCUAUAAGUCAUUCAGACAAACAUGGCUGCUCCAGCCAUCACUUCCAAAAGAGAGCAAAUUAGACAUAUUCCAAUCAGAAAUGGAGAUUCACAGAUAUAUGUCAUGUCACAUUUGAAAAUGUCAAGGUGUAAUGAGCAGAACACUGCCUUUGGAAUUAUUUUAGGUUAUCUGUAUUUAAAGUAUAUUUUAUUUUAUUUUUCCCACCAGUCUGCUUAGUUUUGACCUCAUAAUCUCCGUCCACCAGCUGGAAGACCCCACACAUUGGCUAAUGAGCUUCUCCAGUCAGUAUUGCUACUAGCAUUAUCUUUACUUAACUGGAAAUUUGCUGCACUGCACAAAGUGACUUCUCCACUAAUUUAUCAUGCUUAAGAUCACAGGAUUCUCUCCAACUCUUAGGAAUUGGGAAGAGUUUGUCUCAAAGACGGUUGAAGUUUAAAAUAACUGAAAAUGAAAAUAUAGUGCUGUAAUACAUGUAAAUAUUGUGUUAUAAUGUUUCAUGUUUGCAAAGUAACAAAAUUGGUAUAGAUCUUAGAAAAUAUGUUUUAUUUAUGCCAUAGAAUUAUUUCCUCUAAUGGCUUAAGCAUAUAAGUUUGCAUUUAUGCUUUAACAUUAGUGAUGCCGAACUUGGAAGGGAAUUUGCCAUCUUUAAAGUUGUUGAUCAGUGCAAAGCAGUUAAAAUGACUUCUGGGUUUAUUGUCUAAAUAAGUGAAAAAAGCAAUUUGAGUUUUGAAAGGUAAACAUUAUGAUUGGUCAUAAUUGGUUACAAAUAUCUCAUGAUGUCCUCAUGAUUGGUAUGGUCAAUACAUUGUCUAAACAUCGGCAAAAUCUAUGUAGUUGGAUUGAUAGUUUGUACAUACCAUGAUACUACCUAGUGGCACAAUUAUUUCAAAUGCUUGGUUCUUAUUAUCAUUAGGUCAGAACAGCUCACCUGAGACAAUACUAGAGCCAAAGAUCAAAUGACAUGCUCUUAGCUUUGCAUCCGUAUUUAUUUAAUCGGUCUGCCUUUCAAAUCAAUAUGAUUUAACAGAACUUCCGAAGAUCUAUGGAACAGUUCUGUAGUUAUUAAGCAUCUUUAUACACCAGUUUCUAGACCUAAAAACUGAGUAAUAAUAGCUUGAGAUUACCUUUGGAACACACAUUGCAUUUAUGUACUGUAUGCAUUGUGCAUGUCUCUAUCAGUUCCUAAGCUGCAUAUACAAUGUGUCAAGGCAAUUUUUUGUAUUUAUCAUAGCACAGGAGCUGGUACAUGUUAUUUUGGAGGACAGCAGUUAUAGGGGUCUAACAUUUUACAUGUACAGCAACUAUAUGUUUGAUGUGGAUUCUUUGCCUCCUCUUCCAGUAUGUAGCUAAUGUUCUGCACUUACCAGUGUUCCCUUUUGUCAAAUGUGUACUGUGGGAAUCUGAGGUAUGUGUGUUAAUACAAGAAUACAUUAUGUCAAGGGUGUGGCUUUAAAACUACUGAGUGAUAUUGCCUUUUAUCAUUCUCAUAUUCCACUUUUGCCAGGGUAUUGUUUUAAAUAGUGACAAAGUAGUGGAAUUUUAUUCUUCCAGUUUGGUUCAUUUUUGAUUUUUAUGUGCUCCAAGUACCUUGUUUUCCUGUCAGUUUUUUUUAAAAAUUGCCUUUUUGGCCUGAUCCUGAUAACUUUGAAUACAUACAGUAAACACAGUGACUUUAUUAAUAAGUGAUUGUCAGCAGCUUUAAAUGAGAGGUUCGUAUUGCUUACUUCAGCUGUUUGGGAACAUACUGUAUGUUGCUAACAAAAAGGUGUCUCUUGUGUGUUCAUAAUUUAAGCUUCUGAGGACAUCGUAAUUUUAAUAGUACAUUACAAUUUUGCCAAACAAUCUGGAAGAACUUGAGCAUAUAUCUGAAAUUGAUUAGUUGAUAUUAAAGUCAGAUUGUAGUCUGUGUACACUAGAUUUUCCUAAUGAAGGUGAAUGCAAUUCCUUUACAAUUACCGUACUCGGUUCAUAAGUGGUGUCCUGGUGCUGAAUUGUCAAAGCGCCUGUUAGCCGGCUGAUGUUCCUUUUCUUUAGUGACUCAUUCAUUAUUCUGUGUGUAAUAGCGUAUUUACAUAAGAAAUGCAAAACAUACAGCUCUUAUUUCCAGCUGGAUCAUGCCAAUUUUGUACUAUUGUAUUUCUGUAUGCUGUCCAGCUUUCAAUUUGGUGUAUAUUUCACUUUUUGCACUGUUAUAUAUAGCUGAAUAUAAUGAGCUUUCUUUCAUUUGUGGCUGGCAUCAAAGGUGUAAUUUAUUUUAUCGCCUUACAAUGAAUGACAUGUAAAUUUUGUUAGGAUGAAAGUACUUCUGAUUCUUAAUUGUUUUGCACAUCAUGGUAUAGUUUUGAAUAAUUAAUUAUUUAAGUUUUUGUGG